GAAAGACGGUAGGUGGCGGCAUUCAGCUUCACAUGGUGGUUUGCGCAAAUAAAGUAAAGAAGAAGAAGAAGCAGGCGCGGAGGACGAAGAAGAAGAAGAAGAAGUACUGGAGGCGAAACCAUUGGUGUCUGCUAACACGCUAACUCAUUCAGUUUUGUACAAAGUGCUGAUUUGAAAGAUCAAAUGACACUCAGACAGAAACUUCAGAUCCUGUGUGAACGUCUGCUGCUGUCCUGACAUCAACAAGUUCACCUUCGGAGCCGAGCGGACUGUGAACACAUCAGAGUGAGCAGACAGUUUUUAACGGAGUGUUUCUGGAGGGAAAGUUCGUGUGAGUCAGUGAAAAUGUCUAAAGUCCAAACGCUGAGAGUUGUUGUGAAGCAGCGACUAACUGCGGCUGCUGAAGAGAUAUUUGAGCUGUUUGAAAGAACGAUAGCAGAGUACGAGGAGGAACUGUGUCGACACCGGAAACUACUGGACGCUGUUUUCCAGCCUCGGGUCCAGUUACACAGAACAGACGUCCAGCAGCUCUUGGAGAGUGAAGAAGAGGAUCCUCCUGAGCAGCAGGAGAGGAGCUCCAGUCUGGACCAGGAGGAACCAGAACCCCCACACAUUAAAGAGGAACAGGAGGAACUCUGGACCCGUCAGGAAGGAGAGCAGCUUCCGGGGUUGGAGGAGGCUGAUAUCAAGUUCACACUCACUCCUGUCCCUGUGAAGAGUGAAGAAGAUGAUGAAGAGGAACCUCAGUCCUCACAGCUUCAUCAGAGACAGACUGAACAGAUGGAGACAGAAGCUGAUGGAGAGGACUGUGGAGGACCAGAACUAGACAGGAACUUUAUUUCAGUUAGUAAUUUACAACCAGAUACUGAUGAUGAGACGUCACACUGCUCUGAACCCGAGAUUGCUGACAGUAGUGAUUGGGAGGGUUACAGAUGCUCAGUUUGUAAAAAAAGGUUUCCAAGCAGAUCUCAUGUUGAGAAGCACAUGAGAACCCACACAGGGGAGAAACCAUUCAGUUGCUCAGUUUGUGGUAGAGGAUUUUCACAAAAGGAACAUCUUACUCGACACUUGAUUGUCCACACGGGGGAGAAACCGUUCAGUUGUUCUUUCUGUGGCGCAAGAUUCACACAAUGCUCAACUUUGGCAUCACACUUAAAAGUUCAUGGAGGAGAAAAACCUCACACCUGCUCCAUUUGUAACUCAAGUUUCACUCUCAGGAAGAAUCUGAACGUACAUAUGAGAGUCCACAGCAGAGAGAAACGCUUCAGUUGUUCAGUUUGUAGUCAAAGGUUUGCAGAAAAGGGACAUGUCAGAGCACACAUGAGUAUUCACACGGGGGAAAAACCCUUCAGUUGUUCAGUGUGUGGUAAGAAAUUUGCCAGACCCGGAACUCUGAGACGACACUCAACUACCCACACACGGGAGAAACGAUACAGCUGCAGCGUUUGUAACAAAAGUUUCACUCGCCGUUAUACUAUCAAAAUUCACAAGUGUGUUGAUACGACGAAGAGGACCCAUGAGGACAAGCAAGCACUAGCAGGACCAGCAUGCUAGUAGCAUAACAAUAGCACAGCUUCGUCUUUCAGCAAACUGAUUAGCGGGGGUUCUCAACAUGUCACACACGGACCAUGGAGUGACAUUCCCUCAGUGCCACACUAACCUGCAAUGCUUCACUGCGUCGUCGGAUCCAGUGUGAAUCCAGCCGCUGCUUAGAACCUCCAUGUAGACGCAUGCUACGCAAAUCGACGUAUUUACAAGUCGAUGGAGUUGAUCACUUAUCAGCCCUAAUUGUAGUGAAAUGAAAAGGAAGCAAAGAGAAUACAGAAACACAUACGUAAGGAGUAUUAAUAAUAGUAAUAUUCAGAAAUCAAUAAUGAUACCACUCCCUGGCCUCGUGAUAAAUUCAAUUCAGUGUUUAUUUGUUUUAACAAACCCCCCCAUUUACUACAUGCAAUUGCUUGAUUCUCAUGUUUCAUGGUGUUCUUUUCAGUCUCACUGCUCUAUUUUUUUCUUUUAUAGCCUCCAUUUGCGAGCAUUUCCUUGUGUACACAGUAUCAAUUGCAGCGUUAUAUUGUGAAAUUAAAGGGGCAAGACUUCCAGAUAUGAACAUUCAAUAAUGACUUAAGACUGUCAACUGAAGGUGAAUACAUUCAAGUGUUUAUAUUAUGACAUCUAUGUAGGAUGUAGUGUUAUCUACUACUACUACUACUACUAGUUAUCUACUAAAGUUAGCAUGCUAACAGCUAGCCCUGAUCGGUCCUGGUCCAAAGCUCCAGUGCUGAUGGCUUAACACCGACUCGAUUCUGUUGGUAUGAGCUCCCAGUCUGGACCACUGCGUCAGUAGAAUAAAGUUAAAAGAUAAGUAGUUAUCAAUUGACAAUAAUUGCUGUGUUAAAUAAUAACCAAGUGUGAUGAAAUUGUGAUAGAUGGUUGAAAUAUGUGUUAUUCUGCACCAGUUCACUGAAUGUACACAUUUAAGUCGAAUCACUGUAUUGUAGAUGCUGUGAGUGUGAAAUGUAAAGAUACAACACUUCUACUUUAUACAGCACUUCAACUUCAUACAACAGCAGCUAGAGUUUGCAGCAGUUAGCUGUAACUAUGGUGAUACACUGACCCCUGUAUUUAACAGCUUCAACAUCUGGCCAGUUCUCACAUACUGCACCUUUAAAGUUGAUGAUUGUCGCACCACCACAUACGUUUGUUCAUCAAUGUUAAAUUCUAAUGUAGUUAAAAGAAUAUUUGUAGUUCAUAUCUAGUUUCAUGUCUGUCAGGACAUUUUUUGAACUAAGUGUUUAUCAACAAAAACAGACAUUUUUCAAGAGACUUUGUAACUGAUAAUUACAAUUCAUCGUCUACUUCAUAUAGUCGAAGCCGGAGGCAUUAUCUCUGAUCGCUACUUAAAGAAGUUAUCUAAAACCUGAAGAUCAAUUCAAACCAGACAGAGAGGCAGUGAGGAGAAGCCAGGACAGGAGUGAUGCAUUCUGUAUGAGCUGGAGGCAGGAGAGAGACUUUUGAUGCAGGAGGGAGUUUCAGAAGGUCUGAUGAUGUUGUGCUGGUAUUCACUGGACGGCAGCAGAGUCUUACUGAACUACAUACAGCAACAGGAAGCCGACUUUCCACUUUAUAAUGAACAUUUCUGCUGAUUGUUGUGAUGGUUUUUAGUUUCUGAGCUGUUCUGUUAAAUUAUUUCAACAUCUGAA